CCAAAACAAAACUAUAUACUGGGGGCGAAAAGGAGACUCGGCUCUCACGGUGACUCGUAAAUACAUUAGAUCUACAGAACAUGUAGACUAGUACUGGAAACGAAGUGAGGCCGAUCCGGGUGCACUGAAGUCAGUUGGGCUUGGCCAGAGCUGCUCUCCGGCUGCAACACAGUCACUGCUUGGCGUACAUAACUUUACAACUAAAUAUAAAUGCGGCUUUAUAAAUAUCUCCGUCUGCACUUCCACAAAGAAAGCUUCUAGAGGUAUCCUAUUCGCAGCAUGGCAGGUUAUGGAGAAGUAGACUGUUCAGUAAAUGCCCUGGCUCCCUCCAAACUGAUAGAGGAAGUAGGAGAUACCUGUGCCACAGAGUCCUCCAGUUGCACCACCACCCCGGAGUGUGCCAUCUGCCUUCAGAGCUGUGUUCACCCCGUACGUCUCCCAUGUGGCCAUGUCUUCUGUUUCCUGUGUGUGAAAGGUGCCUCCUGGCACAGCAAGCGUUGUGCUCUCUGCCGACAGGAAGUCCCAGAGGACUUCCUCGAGCGGCCGGUUCUCCUCUCACCUGAAGAGCUGAAGGCAGCAGCUGCAGGGAUCAGCCGAAGUGGAGGGACAGGGGGUGGUUCCCGUGGAGAGUAUGCAUGGUACUAUGAGGGGCGCAAUGGCUGGUGGCAAUAUGAUGAGAGGACCAGCCGUGAGCUGGAGGAGGCCUUUGCCAAGGGUAAGAAGAGCACAGAGAUGCUGAUUGCAGGGUUUCUUUAUGUGGCCGACCUGGAGAACUUGGUGCAGUAUCGCCGGAACGAGCAUGGCCGCAGGCGCAAGAUAAAGAGGGAUGCUGUAGAUAUCCCCAAGAAGGGAGUGGCAGGACUGAGGUUAGACCCUGAACCUGCACCCAUCCCUGGUUUACCAGUUAUUACCCCAGCUGCAACAGCACGCAUCAGCUCAGCUGAUGGAUCGGACACUGCAGGCCAAUCCCAGUCUUCAUCAUUUGGGAUUUUGUCUCUCCCGCCUGUUAGACCUCCAACACUCCUGGGGCGCCAUCUCCCCAGUCCUUUGUCUCCUUCACCCUCGACCCUAGAAGAGUCUUUCUCCCAGCUCCUAGUCAGCCAGCCAGAGGGGGAAGAGGUGGAAGGAGACAAUGAGCGGCAGACAUAUGAGUACGCAUCCGGCAACAGUGAGAGUGAGGAGGAAAGGGGGAGCGAGAGAGGGAGAGCAGAAUCGGUGCCACGGAGAGGACAUAGACCUAGACCACUAAGAGAGAGCCAGCCAGCCAGAAUGCCUCCGGGGGGUGGGCCCUCCAAUUCUGCGCUUAGUCUUCGCUCCCGUAGUCCUGAUGGACAGUGCACUGUGACAGAAGUGUAACUGCAACUGGACAAUGGUAUCUGUUCUCCAGAUGACAGAUCUUAAACUUUUAUCAGUUCAGCAAAAAAGUUUGAAAACCUAAUAUGCAUCUUUUAAAGGUCCCUUCAAAUGGAAAAUCCCUUUAUUGUGGUGUUAUUUCUGCUACUGGGGGAAUUUCCCCCCAUUGAUCAUGUGCCAACUAUGAUCUUGAAAUGCACGUUAUUUAUUUUAUGUCAAAAUAUUCUUGUGUUACUCUUUUUUCCAAAUCUGCAGGUCUGCAAAGGCAACAGUGACAGUAGCAGCAGUGACAUGAAUCACAGCUGUGUACUUGGAUGUUAGAUUGCAAAAACAUUGACAUACGUUGAUAUUAGUUAACAGAGAUAAAUUCAUGGCCAUCUUCGUUGUCCUCCACCUCAUAGAAGAGUUUCUCCACCCUAUAUGUUACAAUAUUAAAGCCAUUUAGAGGGACCUUUAACACAUCUUUUUGCUUUUUGUUAAUUACUGUCAAAAACUAGUUUCAGGCAGCAUUACGAGGCAAUGGUGGUCAUGCAUCGCUCUCAGCAACAGUCUUAUUUCCAGGCCAAAAAAAAUUGUUACAAACUGAGGCAACAUCUUGAGGAAUUGCACCAAACACCACUUGUCACUGCCUUUACAUCAGUUUGUGAGAACGCAAUACAGUGUCCUUGAAAUGAAACUACACCCACUUUGUUCUUUGAGCUCAUGUUUGUUUUUUUUCUUCACUUUGAGGAUAUUGAAGUCAAGCUUAAAUGUAGCACCUUAUGUACCAGUUACAGAUGGUAAAAACUGCUUUUCUUGCUUUGCUGAUUAGGUUUUUUUUUUUUUUUUUUUUUGAAGUAAUGAAGGUUUAAUCAGGAGCUAAUUAUUAAGUAUUUAAACUGGAGUUUGUGUGUGUGUGUGUAUAUGUCUUAAGUUUACAAAGGGGCAAGAUUCUCUGUUUUUUGUGGAAGUCUUGCUUUAAUAAUUUUGCUUGUUUGUGUUGUUAUGAGCGGUGUUGGGUGCUGAAAGGCUACUGGCAGAACCACUGGAAAGUAUUAGGCUAUAAAUGUAGAGAGACACAUUUGGAUUUCUAUUUUUUGUCAUAGUACUCUCGAUAGGGCUACUAUCAAAGCACUGGCAUUGACACGUACUUGGACGAGCUCGAGCUGUCCUCACACGCUCUCUUGUUUUUUCUUUUUUUUUUCUCCUUUUGCUCCAGCUGCUAUAACUUUUAACUGUGAACUUUUCAUAGUUGAUGUCUUACUGUCUGAAUUACCUAAAACAAAUGUCAGUCUGUGUGGUGUAGCCCUUGUGGUGUUUCUGUCAAGUUAUUAAAGUGUUUAUGUAUGAUUUUAAAUCACAUGUUGGCUGUUUUGUUUUUGUUUUUUUCAAAUCAACGAAUAGACAGUGGGAAUAUAUUACAGAAUUAUGGAAAGGCUGGAAACAGAAGUGGAACUGAUCUAUAAACCUGUGUCUGCAAUGUGUGUCUGGUUUUGAGUGUAAAUGCAAUAAACCCUGAAGAGUCCACAGGAUGGAGCUGUUGCACAAACUAUGGUGGCCUUUGUCCCACAAGUUGUCUGAGACCA